UCCUUCUGUGCACCCAGCACAUCUUCUUUCACCCGAUUCAUUUUAAAUCCACCUUCACCUUCACCUCCUCAGCCUCUCCAAUCCAACAACAAUGAAGUUCCAACUUACACUGCUGCUCAUCUCUAUGCUUUUCUCUGAAGCACUGUCACUGGUGUGUCAGUGCGUUUCUCCAUUGGGAUCUGUACGAUGCCAAAGUACAGAGAUAAACUGUCCAUCCCAGUGUGCCAGUGUAACUCUCUUUACAGUAAAAGAUGGCAAGAAUUUGACGACGGCUUUAAAGACUUGUGGCGUGCCAGAACUGUGUUCAACUGAGAGUGUAAACCUGGGAGAAGUGAAAGUGACCCGCAACGUCAAAUGUUGCAACACAACUCGCUGCAACACCGAAACACUGCCAGUUCUUCCAGAGCAGCGGGCCAAUGGGAAGAUGUGUUACAGCUGUAAAGAUAAUGACUGCUCACAAACAGUGGACUGUGUAGGAAAUGAAUUACACUGCAUUUCUCAGAAAGUUACUGACCAAGGCAAGACACUGACCAUGAAAGGAUGUGCAGUCAAAAGUGCCUGCGAUAAUUCUGCAUUAUUAAACUUGCAGGGAAUAGACUCUCUAAAUAUUCAGUGUUGUGAGGGGAAUCUGUGUAACGGUGUUGAGAGCUUCACACUGAGUUUCCUCCUCAUGUUCCUCUCUCUGCUCUCCUCCAUCCUCUUCUACUGAACUCCGCUCAUGAAGUAGCUCACUGAAAAUCUAGAACACAAAUAUAUAUAUUUUAAUUUAAGGAGUCUAAUGAAGAAUUUUCUCUUAGAAUCAGCUAGUGUCAGCUCUGCUGUAUUGCUGUUUCAUGUAUAACUUAUUUGUCAUGUGUCCCACUUUACUGUCCGUGAUGGUGACAGAUAUAUAGAUUCUGUAUAUAAAACCACAUAAAUCUAAAUUACACUUGUGUUUGUAUGGCAGUUAGGAGGGCUGUGAACAGAAAUCCGCCAGGAAGUGGAUUCAUUAUAAGCAAAUUGCACAAUAAAGAAAGCUACACCAUUACAUGUCUGCAGGAAGUUUAUUCGAAUAUGUACUGUGCUGAUAUGAGGAUACAGUAAGAUCCAAUCCAGGGACCAUUUCCUCAUAUGUACUGAGCUUUUUACUCUCUGUACUGUGUUUAGAGAUUGAUAUUUUUCCCUGUGUUAUACUGCUACUGC